GACACUGCCUGCAACAAUAGUGUUUCACGCUUCCACUGGUACCACCCAUACAGCGCCAACGCAGCGGAGAGAGGGCUGGCGAAGUCUGAUUCUGGUGACAGACCUUCUUCGUUCAUAAUAAAAUCAUGGAUCAAGGAGACCGUGGUCGGGGGGGCCCAGAAAGUCAAGAGAUCAUUCAGGAGCUAUUCCUGAAUACGGGAGGACUGGUCGGCGCAGUGACCAGCGUCGAGGGAACCGGGCAGCUUAUUACAGGCACAAGGAACGACGAGUCCGGGUGGAGCAUCCUUCCCCCGGGUCCCGGUAGAGAAAAGACCACGGCCGCCACCGCCGCCGCCGCGUCCCUCGGAAACCGACUCACCGUCCACACCAUCCGCGACACGGGGGGCCGCGUGCUGGGACUCGGGUCGUCCUCCUCGCUACGGGCCGCCGGCACCGGCGGCGGCGGCGGUGGAGAGGGUGGCGACGAGGAUGCGGUGGUGGGGCGCUUGGAGUCCGUGGCGGAGGCGUGGGCGCCGCACGAGGGAGCCGUGACGGGAGUCGACGUGGCCGGUGGGGGGUUCGAAAGCCUUGGCGGCGUUUCGGGAGUGGUGACGUCGGGCGGGGACGGGUGCCUCCGCCUGUUUGAGCUCACACCCGGCGACGACUUUGACGAAGACGAAGACGGUUCCCCAGGGGACGGCCCGUCCCUAGGCCUUGUAGGGCAGGUGCCGACGCACAGCGACCGGGCCACAGGGGUGGCGGCGACGCGGCGGCGGGCGGUGACCGUGGGCGAGGACGGGGUCGCGAGUGUGGUCGAUCUGCAGCGCCUGGCUGAUGAUCAUGGGGGUAGUGCUGGCGGUGGUGUUGGGGGGGGGCUGGUCUGGACGGGGAGGACCAAGGGGGCAAUGCCGCUGUCCGGGGUGACGUUCCAGGGGGAGAGCGAGGAGGUGUUUGCCACGGUGGGCUGCAAUCCCAGGGGACAACUGCUGGUUUGGGAUGCACGCACGGACGGCUCCCGGCCGGUGGUUAGAGGUGCUCUCGGCUGCAUCCGCGGCAGUGAAGCUCCCUACCUGUGCGUGGCUAGCCAGCCCUUCGCACCGGAGGUGUUCGCGUGCGGUGUAAGCACCGGGGAGGUGAUUGUCUGGGACGUGCGAACGGGGGUCCCGCUGCACGAGCUCCAGGCGCAAGACGAGACCAGCGCUGCGGGGGGUUCCUGGGGCGUGACGUUCCACCCGCGGAGCCCCCGGCACCUGUUUUCGUGCUCGGGGACCGGGGUGCUGACCAAGUGGUACAUGCCUCCUGAGGGCCAAGCCCACGAACCUGCUGCCGUCGACGGAGGGGAGUGGGGGGGCGGCGGUUGGGAGUCUCUGCGGGGAGCGAGGCACCUGUACGAGCUGCCCUCUCGGUCUGGGCUGGUGGGAGUCUGCUACGACGAAACGGCGGACACGAUAGCGGCCGUCAGCAAGCACGGGCACGUGGUGGUCGCGCACGGGGUGGCCGGUUUAAGACUGUGACUUCGUUCUCUUUGUGUGGUUUGGUGAAUAGUUGGGUUAUCGUUUCGUCUGGCCUGCGUGCGGGCGUGUGGGCGUGUGUAUGGCUACUCUGUAGUGGUAUGAUGUUUGCUCUGUUGUUGUUAGGGGUUGGCUGAUGAGUGGCGGCGGUUGACACUCGUCGAUAUUUUUGCCUUGUUGCUCGUAUGCAUGCGGUGUUAUGUGUUUCGUCAUGGGUUUUUACCCCUUCUUGUCUUCCGUCCGUUGUUCGGGUCGGAUGCUUUUUGAUGUACACGCACUGGCACUACUCCUCGGGUACACAACUCUCCGUUGUUUUUGUUGUGUUGGUGUUGUUUUUGUUCGUUGCUGUUCGUGAACGCGGAACGAGUCGUAACGAGAGAGGCAUUCCAAUGUCGUCGUCUUCGGCGACUCAAAGACGAGCUUCCUUGGUCGAAGACGAGUCUGGAGAUGUCCGACUUCUCGCAAUUCUGCGACGUCUCUCGGAGGUGUCGGCGGAGUAUAUGAGGAUAUCGCAGCAGACACGAGGCUUGUCGAUGCCGGAGAAGGAAUAGACGACUGUCGAGAGGAGGGUGCACAGGAUGCACUAGCGGUGGUU